UUUUUCAUAUGUUGUGGGAUUAUUUGUGGAGAAAAUAAGUUUUUUUUCUGCAACAUGAAUACUGCUUCCGGGAGUCGUGGCCGCGCGGCGGUGACGGCUUCCUUUCCGCUCCGGGUUCUGCUGCGUGUCGCUGCUGUAGCGCAAAAUGGGUCGUGUAAUCAGAGGACAGAGAAAGGGUGCAGGGUCCGUCUUCAAAGCCCAUGUGAAACAUAGAAAAGGUCCUGCAAAGUUGAGAGCAGUGGACUUUGCUGAACGCCAUGGUUACAUCAAGGGUAUCGUCAAGGAUAUAAUCCACGACCCUGGUCGCGGUGCUCCUCUAGCAAAGGUAGUAUUCCGCGAUCCAUACAGAUUCAAAAGAAGGACUGAACUGUUCGUUGCCGCUGAAGGUAUUCAUACUGGUCAGUUUAUCUAUUGUGGCAAGAAGGCUCAGUUGAACAUUGGCAAUGUCCUUCCUGUGGGAACCAUGCCAGAAGGCACCAUUGUGUGCUGUUUGGAGGAGAAGCCAGGUGACCGUGGCAAACUUGCCCGUGCGUCUGGGAAUUACGCUACAGUCAUCUCCCACAAUCCUGAGACCAAGAAAAGUCGUGUCAAGUUGCCAUCCGGUUCUAAGAAAGUAAUUUCUUCUGCUAACAGAGCUAUUGUUGGUGUUGUUGCUGGAGGUGGUCGUAUUGAUAAACCAAUCUUGAAGGCUGGUCGGGCUUAUCACAAAUACAAGGCCAAGAGAAACUGCUGGCCACGUGUGCGUGGUGUGGCAAUGAAUCCUGUAGAACAUCCCUUUGGUGGUGGUAACCACCAGCACAUUGGGAAGCCGUCAACUAUUAGAAGAGAUGCUCCAGCUGGUCGCAAAGUUGGUCUUAUUGCAGCUCGUCGUACUGGUAGACUUCGCGGUACCAAAACUGUCCAAGAGAAAGAAAAUUAAUUUCUUGGUGUGAUAUGUCCCUAUUUGUCCCAAUAAAAAUAUCUUAAAAUCCA